AUGGCGGGAAGAAAGGAAUUUGGGUUUCCGCAGAAGAGUGUUGGUAGUUUGAAAGAGCAGUUGGUAAGAACAACUCUUCGGAAUGUGAGAUCACAAGGGCACCCAUAUGUUGACCUUAGGGAAGAUGGGAAGAAGUUGAUAUUUUUCUGUACGUUAUGUCUUGCGCCUUGUUAUGGAGAGUCAAGUUUGUUUGAUCACUUGAAGGGCAACCUGCAUAGCGAAAGACUAGCCUCUGCUCAAGUUACACUGAUGAAAUCAAAUCCAUGGCCGUUCAACGAUGGUGUGUUUUUCUUUUAUAAUGAUUUGAAAGAGCAACAUAAAAGUGUCCAUGUUUCAGAAUCUGAUCAACACAAAUUACUGGAUGUGAGUCACGUGGAUGCGGACAACCUUGCUAUUGUUAGUUAUAAGCAAAACUUGGGGCCGAAUGGCAGUACUUAUGUUCCGCAAGAAAUUAUGGCGAAUGCCGAUUCUGGUGAAGCUCCCUGUGGUUCAAAUCUGGAAGGAAAUGGAACUACUCAUGAUCUUGUUAUUCCAGCUGUGCUUCAAAAAGACGAGGUAUCUGAUUUGAUGGUGAAGCAUAUGGGAGUAGGACAAAUUGGUGCUAGGUUUUGCAAGAAGGAAGGUAUCACCAAUGAUAUCCAUAGAAUAUGGUGUGAAUGGCUCGGGGAUAUAGAAUUUACCCCUGAGGAUACCAAUGUCGUUCCGGAACAUGAGUUUGCUGUUGUUACGUUUUCUUAUAACUACAACUUAGGUCGGAAGGGGGUACUCGAUUGUUUUAGAAAUUUGCUUCCCUCUAGUCCUCAUUCAGAAGUUGAAGAUAGUGGCAGUUCUAGAGGUAAAAAGAGAAAGUCAUUUUCUGAUCCGGAGGAUAUUAGUUCAACAAAUCAAGGGUACUCUUCUGAAGAAGAUUCUCCAUCUUUGAACAAUUCAAGUUUGAGAAUUAUGGUGUCUGGAAAUGAUGAUCAGCUGGUGUUUUCACAAAUUCUUUCAAGCAAAACCAUGAGGAAGCAGUUGAGACACCAACAGCGUGUUGCGUCUGAGAGGUCGUGUGACAUUUGCCAACAGAGGAUGCUUCCAUAUAAAGAUGUGGCAGCUCUUUUCAACAGGAGAACUGGAAAGCUAGCCUGCAGUAGUAGAAAUUUGACUGGGGCAUUCCAUCUGUUUCACACAUCCUGUCUCAUUCAUUGGAUAUUGCUUUGUGAGGUAGAACUUUAUUCAAAACAGUCAGUUGAGCCUGAAGUGAAACGGAAAUCCAGGAGAAAGGUUAAAUGCAAAAGUGGUGAAAUUAGGAAAAAGCCUGAAAUGCAGGAGAAGCAACUACACUCUGUGUUCUGUCCUGAAUGCCAGGGUACUGGUAUUAAAGUUGAUGGGGAGGAGGUGGAGAAACCCAUUGUCCCACUCUCGGAGGUAUUCAAGCAUAAGAUCAAACUAUGUGAUGCUCGUAAAGCAUGGAUGAAAAGUCCGGAAGUGUUGCAGAACUGCUCAAUGGGGUUUAGCUUCCCCCAUAGUUCUGGCGAAUUUUGUCAGGAAAAUGUGACACCCCUGAAAUUGCUACACUUCUAUCGUGCGGUUGAUUAG